GAAAGUUAAAGACACGUUUUCUAAACGCCUCCGUUGACUGACUGCACUUCUUCCUCAGCACAACCACCAGCUCGACAUCUGCGCCACUGGUCCGCUGGAUCUCCAACCGCAGAAUUACUGCGCAACUGUAACGCACUGCCGCUUACUAUUUGCCUUGGGCAUUUACAAUUUUUAAAUCAUUUUUGUUUAAUUCAGUUCAGACGACUUCAUAUACUGAGAAUCCUGAUGUGGAUACAGUUACAGUCGCUCUACUGUUUAUAUUGUGUGCGUAAAGACGCAACCACUGAUUUAUUCCUGUUUUGAGAAAUAAAUAUUUAAUUUUAAUUUUAAUUAAAUCGCGGAGGACGUUUCUCGCACCACCAUGUCAGAGGACGACAGUAGCUCCACCACCAGCUAUAUGUCUGAAACAGAAGGCAGCAACGUCAGCGUCCUCAACUGGGAGCAAGUGCAGCGGCUGGACGCCAUACUGACGGAGACCAUCCCAAUCCACGGCCGAGGAAACUUCCCCACGCUGGAGAUGCAGCCCCGGGAGAUCGUUAAAGUGGUGCGGAGUCGGAUGGAGGAGAAACAGAUCCAUGUCCGGGACGUUCGGUUAAACGGCUCCGCAGCCAGCCACAUUCUGCACGAGGAUAGUGGACUGGGCUAUAAGGACCUAGAUCUCAUAUUUUGCGCAGAUAUGAAAGGUGAAAGCGAUUUCCAGACUGUGAAGGACAUAGUUUUGGACUGUCUCCUGGAUUUUUUACCCGACUGUGUGAAUAAAGAGAAAAUAACGCCGUUAACGUUAAAGGAAGCCUAUGUGCAGAAGAUGGUGAAGGUGUGUAACGACUCAGACCGCUGGAGCCUCAUCUCCCUCUCCAAUAACAGGGGAAAGAAUGUGGAGCUGAAGUUUGUGGACUCUCUUCGGCGGCAGUUUGAGUUCAGUGUGGAUUCCUUUCAGAUCAAACUGGACUCCCUGCUCCUGUUCUACGAGUGCUCAGAGAACCCCAUGGCCGAGACCUUCCACCCAACCAUCGUGGGUGAGAGUGUGUACGGGGAUUUCAUCGAGGCCCUGGACCACCUACGUCACAAAGUCAUCUGCACCCGGAAUCCAGAGGAGAUCCGAGGCGGCGGUCUGCUGAAAUACUGUCACUUGCUGGUGAGAGGUUUCCGGGCCGCCUCAGAGACUGAGAUGAAGUCUCUGCAGCGCUACAUGUGCUCACGUUUCUUCAUUGACUUCCCUGAUAUUGGUGAGCAGCAGCGCAAGCUGGAGUCUUACCUUCAAAACCACUUUGUGGGCCUGGAGGACCGCAAGUAUGACUACCUGAUGACCCUCCACGGGGUGGUCAACGAGAGCACGGUGUGUCUGAUGGGACACGAGAGGCGGCAGACCUUAGGGCUCAUCGCCAUGCUGGCAGUGCGUGUGCUUGCAGAGCAGAACGUCAUCCCCAACGUGGCUAAUGUUACUUGUUACUACCAACCUGCUCCUUAUGUGGCAGACGGCAACUUCAGUAACUACUACAUAGCACAGGUACAGCCGGUGUUUGCUUGCCAGCAGCCUGCAUACUCCACCUGGCUGCCCUGUAACUGAGUCAGCCCCGAGGAGAGUAGGAGGGAGAGAGUGUGAUUUGUUUAAACGGGAGAGAGCGGCAUAGUCGCCCUCUCCAACCUGCCCAGUGUUUGACAGCUGACAGAAAAAAGGAGUCUUCUUUUUAAUGUUUUGCAUCAAAGCUUGUGUUUUUGUUCAUACGUUGAGUAUGAAUGAUAAAUAGCGAACAGUUGGCUUUCAGUACGUAUUUCAAUGUGAAUAUCUCACUUUUUUUUGAAAUGCCAACCCCACCUGAUCCUGCCCAGGCCAACCAGGUUUGGAAAAGACUAAUUUAUGACUCGGUGCAGAUGUGUGACGUCCACGAAUGCAAGUGGCAGAGCUGUCACCGAAACUGCACGAGACUGAUUGAAUCUGUCAAGAAAUGAUUAGCCAGCACGUUCCAACAGCAGAGCGAACGGCUGCAUCAGUUCCCUGAAGUUGACAGCUACUCCAGCACAACUUUUAGGGGGGCCCACACACACACACACACACACACACACACACACACACACACACACACACACACACACACAUACACACACACACACACUGUAGACUCUGCUUUAUGUCAGCUGAACUGAGGUGGGAUGCUGUUUAACUAGCUUGGAUAACAAACCGGCAUCUCCACCUUGCAUUUGGAUAUAAUUCUGGUUGUUUACAGACCAAAGAUUUUUGAUUGUUUCUAACGUUACAACCCAGUUUUCAUGGGGAAAAAUAAACAAAAUAUGAAGCUCUAUCUAUUUGUAUAUGUAAACAUGUGUUUAAGUGCCUAUUGCCUCCUAGCAGGCAGAGAAAAGAAUAAGCAGGCCAUAUGAUUUUGUGAAUUUGCCCCACUCUGUUAAAUAGUCAGGCACACAAGACAAUAGCAUCCCAGAGGCUUGUGAAUGUAUAGGUGAAAUCAUGCACAGUCAGUGUUUGUGUACAUUUGGAUGAAAAGAGCAGCAUUUGUUUGUGUGCUGAUUAAAGUGGAAGCUGUGGAUUCUUUUGCAGUAAAGUAGCAGUCACAUGACAGGUUGUCGUGAGAGUUUCCUCCAGGAUACACAGAAGCUCUGCUCAUCUGAGUGAUGCUUGUCAAACCGCACAUGCUGUAUCUCAUGUCCCAAAUUAAUACUGGUUGACUAGCGUUUUCAUAUGAUUUCCUGUAUAUUUUGUACAGUGGUGCUUCUCUUUUUCUCAUCUGAGAGAAAAAGAAAAAAACAAGUUCACUAGAAAUAGAUAAGAGACAGAGAGAGGAAAGACUGCAUUCUGAGAGAGUCUUACAGAGAGCUGGUGUGUGUGUGUGUGUGUGUGUGUGUGUGUGUGUGUGUGUGUGUGUGUGUGUGUGUGUGUGUGUGUGUGUGUGUGUCCCUAUGCUUCCUCCUUGAAGGAUAUUUGCAGAGACACCUCAGAUGAUGAGACACUAUUUGCUGUAGCACCCUGGCAGGGAAUUCCUCAGUUGCUGCUGAAGAGCUUGAACUCAGCUGGGGUUGGGUCUGCAGUCACUCUGUUCAGGGUUCAGAAAAUGUUGUGCCAAACAUU